CAUGAUAUCCAUCAAGUUUGGGUUAGAUUGUGGUCGUGGAAUAAAACGGUGAUGAUGAAGGUUAAGAGUGAUGGUGCUUGUUGUUGCAAUGAUGAACCUAGGGGCGGUGGUGGCAAGAUGAGAGAUGACGAUGGUGAUUGCUACAAAGGAGGAGGUGACAGAAGAGGAGCGGUAGCAAUUGAUGGUGGAAUGUUGUUAUCGUGA